AUGGUUUCCGUCAAACUCAACCUCAUCUUAGUUGCUUGUGCCGCCACUGCUGCGGUGGCUGCCCCCGUGAACGAUGGCUCUGCCCCUGUGUUGGUUCCUCGCGCUGAGGUAUCCGUCUUCAUGUGUACCGACCGAGGCUUUAGAGGAGACUGUAUGAACGAUGUAAUUCAGACUGGAUCAUGCUACAACGUGCGCUCCGAAUUCAUCGACCGUAUCAGUUCUAUUCGGAACAAUGAUCGAGAUCGCAACACUUGUACUUGGUACCGUGAGCGUGAGUGCCGCGGUGACAGCUACCGCAACCAAGACGACAGCAACCUUGGCGAUGGAAAUGGGCGCUUCAAUGACGCUAUCCGCAGCUACGAGUGCAGGAGGAAAUAA